AGAGAGCGGACAACUUGGACGCAUUGUAGGAAUCCAACGUCAGCGUUCGGGAUUCACUUCCAUUGGCGAGGAUUUCAAGCUGAUCGCCAACGGCAAUGAUGAGAUCUGUACGUGUUUACGGAAGACGAUAUUUAAUACGAAGCGCACAUCAGCUGGAUUCAAAUGUACCCUGAUCUCUGGACAAGGCCAAGUGUAAAAUUUUCCAGUAGAUUAAGCACAUCAUAUCACAUCUAUAACGCAGACGAGGCGUGAAAUCUGAAAUGGAAUGAUAUAGACUGUGAUGACGAUGAGAUAAGGCGACCUAUCCGAGCUCACCGUCGCAGAGAAGAUUAAUCCCCCGGCCAAAGGAUUUUUUCGCGUUAUCUUACAAAUGGACAGGCUAGUGUGGAAGUAACGUCGGGAGCUACAAGGGCAAUUUUUCAGUGGUGUCAAGUAUCUUACUAGAGCAAGGUCGAUUUGACAUUGCCUCUGGACUACUUUUGUAAUAAGUCGAACACAUCUUCCCUUUCGAGUCAUUAGAGAGCUGCACAUCUACUCAUACAGGAGAAAAUAGCAGUAGUCUGAUUGGCUGGCACCCCAUCCACUGACAACGAAAUGUCCGUCGGUGCCUCCAAAUUAAUGGAAGAAGACAUUGAAUUCAGCGACGAAGAGGAAAAUCCUCUCAAUGGACCUUCCAGUGAAGAGGAAAGGAAAGGAUGGGAUCUCUUUCGGACGAAGCCGCCCAAAGACACGACGGGAUCCUUGGCCAGCGCCGCCACCGUCAAGGCCUUUUCGAAAAUCGCCAAAAUCAUUGCCUACAUCGUGACUUUCCUCAUCUUUAUAACGGGCGCCGUUAUUGCUAAGGGCACCCUCCUGUUUAUGACGUCACAAAUUAAAAUCACGGACAAGAAACCCGACGUUCAACAUGGAUACUGCAGCACACGAGCCGGAAGAGAAAUUGAAGCGUCCGUCAGCAUGGAAGAGCGAGUCGGCUGGGUCUGGGCCAUCUUUUUCUCUUUUGUCGUUCCGGAAUUAUUCAUGUGGUUCCGUUCGACUCGAAUUUGCCUCUUCCGCACCUGGAGGAAACCCACCGGAUUGGAAUUCCUCAUCCUGACGACAUUCGAAACGCUUCACGUGAUCGGCCUGGCUCUUCUCGUCUACCUGGUCCUGCCCAACCUCAAAGUGGUCGAGGCCGUCAUGUUGACCAAUUGCGUCUGCCUCAUACCGGGAAUUUUGAAAAUCUUCUCCCGUUUCAACGAGAAACACAGCGACCGGACCCGCAACUUGUUACUCACCGCCGACGGUUUGGCCGUCGUCGCCCAGCUGAGCGGUCUCUUUUUAUGGGCUGCAAUUGGCUGGACUGCAACCAACAAUGCCGUCUGGAUCUUGCCCUUUUCACUCCUGCUCACUUCAUUCGGCUGGUGGGAGAAUUACGUGGACAAAGACUCUCCCUUUGUUGUCAUCAAAUAUUUGGGAGGCAUCAAAGAGAACAUGAAAUCCAUCAGAUAUUUCAGCUACAUGUUCCUGACCGUCUGGAAGGUCCUCCUUUUCUUCGUUUCCAUGUUGUGCAUCGACUGGAUCGUUGUCGGAUCGGUGAAUCAUUUGUUCGACUACUUUUACGUCGCGUUCCAUGAGCAUCCGUACAACGUGACCGAGGUCCAGCUGCCCGAUCAAGGGACUCGCAUGACCAGCACAGUCACCGGUUCCACCGGAACGGUGACGCAAACCGAAACUUUGAUCGCAUUGCCAAACACGGCUGCCUACGUUUUCUGCAUCCAGGCCGGAACAGCUCUGGCUUGUUUCCUUGCCGGCAAAUUCGCCUGCAAGAUCCGGAUCCAACUGGUCGGUUUCGCUCUGCCCAUCAAUUUGGCCGUCCCGACGACCAUCACGCUGCUCAUCACCUUUUGCGGAUUGAGAAUGGGCAACGCUUGCUACUUCUCCGACGUCAUCCCUCCGCACUUGUUCUUCGAGUGCCCGGACGGCGGAUAUCUCCUGGACACCCUGACCAAUCAACACGCCUGGGCCUGGGUCUUUUGGCUCAUUUCUCAAGCCUGGAUCACGGCUCACAACUGGACGCCAAAGUGCGGGCGACUUGCAACCACGGAGAAACUCUUCGUCCACCCGUUCUACAACGCCUUCCUGGUCGACCAGUCGAUGGCCAUGAACCGGAGACGGGACGACGAUGUCGAAGUGGAGACGGAAGAGCUCAAGCAGAUCGACUCGACCGAUGUGGAGCUGAGCCAAAAGUACGGCUACGACAAACCCAUCGAUCCGAACCACAGCGAUUCCGAUUCCGAGAGCAGCGCCGACUCGGUGGCCAACAAAGUCAAUCCGACCGAUUACAUCACCCGCAUCUACACCUGCGCCACCAUGUGGCACGAAAACGCCGAAGAGACGGUCACCUUCUUGAAGUCCAUUUUCUACUUGGACGACGACCAGUGCGCCAGACGAUUGGCCCAGCAGUACUUGAAGGUAGUCGAUCCGGAUUAUUACGAAAUCGAGACGCACAUCUUCUUUGACGACGCCUUCGAGUUGAGCGACGAAGACGAAGAUGAAAUGGUGGUCAAUUCUUACGUGAAAAUGUUGAUCGGAUGCAUGGACGAGGCGGCCUCGUUCGUCCACCAGACCAACAUGCGCAUCCGCGCUCCCAAAAAGUACCCGACGCCUUACGGCGGCCGCUUGGUUUGGACCCUGCCGGGCAAAACGAAAAUCAUUUGCCAUUUGAAAGACAAGCAGAAAAUCCGGAACAGGAAGAGAUGGAGUCAAGUCAUGUACAUGUACUACUUGCUGGGCCACAAGCUCAUGGAACUGCCCAUUUCGGUUGAUCGCAAGGCCGUCAUCGCUCAGAAUACCUAUUUGCUGGCCCUCGAUGGCGACAUUGAUUUCAUGCCCAACGCCGUCCAGCUCCUCAUUGAUUUGAUGAAAAGGAAUCAGAAUUUGGCGGCUGCUUGCGGACGCAUCCAUCCCGUCGGAUCCGGUUUGAUGGCCUGGUAUCAAAUGUUCGAAUACGCCAUCGGCCAUUGGCUUCAAAAGGCUACUGAGCACAUGAUUGGCUGCGUCCUCUGCAGUCCCGGAUGCUUUUCGCUCUUCCGCGGCAAAUGUCUGAUGGACGACAACGUCAUGGCCAAGUACACGACGAAAUCGAGCGAAGCCCGUCACUACGUCCAGUACGAUCAGGGCGAGGAUCGUUGGCUGUGCACGCUCCUCCUUCAGCGCGGCUACCGGGUCGAGUAUUGCGCCGCCAGCGACGCCUUCACCCACUGUCCGGAAGGAUUCGACGAAUUUUACAACCAGCGCCGUCGCUGGGUACCGUCCACCACGGCCAACAUUCUCGAUCUCCUGGGCGACUACAAGAGCGUCACCAAAGUCAAUGACAACAUUUCAUUCCCUUACAUUUGCUACCACAUUUUGUUGAUGGUCGGAACUGUUAUCGGACCUGGAACCAUUUUUCUGAUGAUUGUCGGCUCCUGGAGCGUGGCUUUCCACGUUGACAACUGGACCAGUUUCUGGAUCAACUUGGUACCCAUCAUGUUGUUUAUCAUCAUCUGUCUAACAUGCAAAGCCAAAUUCCAGGUCUUUGUGGCCCAAAUUAUGAGCGUCGCCUAUUCGAUUGUCAUGAUGGCCGUCAUGGUGGGCAUCAUCCUUCAAUUAUCGGAAGACGGAUGGCUCUCACCUUCCGGCAUCUUUUUGGUGUUCACCGCUUCCAGUUUCAUCGUGGCCGCCAUACUGCACCCGCAGGAAUUUUGGUGUCUGCCGUGCGGAUUGGUCUACUACUUGACGGUGCCGUCCAUGUACUUGCUGCUCAUCAUCUACUCGGUUUGCAACCUCAACAACGUCUCGUGGGGCACCCGCGAAGCUCCCCAGAAGAAGAAGAAAUCCGACGACAACGCCGAAUCCGCCGCCGCCGCCAUGGCGGCAGCUCAAAAGAAGAACAAGGGCAACGCCCUGUUGAGCUUCUUCCAACAGACGUCGGGCAACAAGCCGGAAGACGAAGGAUCGCUCGAGUUCUCGCUGGCCGGACUCUUCAAAAUCAUGUGCUGCGUCCACCGCAAGCCGGACAACGGCGAGAAACACCAACUCAUUUGCAUUUCCGAAUCGCUGACGGCCCUCAACAAACGGCUGGACACCAUCGAGAGGAUCAUCAAUCCGAACUUUAACGGCCCGCGGAAGAGCUUCUCUCGCGGCGGAUCGACUCGCGGUUCGGUUCGGGGCUCCGUCCGCGGAGUUCCGGUUGCUUCGACUUCCAGCGCCACGGAUUCCAACAAUCUGAGCGCUGUCAACGAGAUGGAAGACAAUGACAUUUACGAAGAGUACAAUGACAGCGACAGCCAAAGCAGCGAAAUGAUUGUUAUGAAAGAAGAGCGAGACAAUCUGGUCAAUCCUUAUUGGCUGGAGGACAAGGCCCUCGUCCGCGGUGUCGUCGAUUUCUUGACUGGAAACGAAAUUCAAUUCUGGAAGGACAUGCUCGAAAAGUAUUUGUACCCCAUCGACGAGGACAAGGCCGAACAGGCUAAAAUCGCAGCGGCCCUCAAGGACCUCCGUAACAAGAGCGUGUUUACGUUUUUCAUUCUGAACGCGCUCUACGUGACGAUUAUCUUCUUGAUGACGCUGGAGAAGGACAAAGUCCAUCUCAACUGGCCGCUCGGCGUUCAAUAUAACGUCAGCUACGAAUAUUUCGAAUCUCCCAGCUGGCCGACGGUCAACGUGGAGAUGACGUACCUCCAACUCGAGCCCAUUGGUAUGGUCUUCCUCUUGAUGUUCGCUUCGGUCAUGAUCAUCCAGUUUGUGGCCAUGUUCUUCCAUCGCUUCGGAACGCUCUCCCAAAUUAUCGCCACCACCGAAAUCAAGUCCUGCACCAAAAAGAUCGAAGACGUCUCCGACGACGCCUACCUGGAGAAGAACGCCGUCAAAAUCGCCAAAGAAUUUCAGCAAAUCAAAGGUGAAGAUGAUCAUUACGGUGUCUACGGCGAUUAUAAAAGGAAGGAUCACGUCAGCCGUCGCCAGACCAUCCACCGGUUAACCGAAUCGCAGAAGAAGCCGCAAUUCACGGGCAAUCUGGAUUCCCAGUUCCGUAAGCGAAUCGAUUCCAUCGCAGCCAACGUCGAUAUGAACGAUCCUGCCGUGAGGGGCAGGAUGUCCAUGCGACGGGACACGCUCCAUAAGAUGGUCGGCCGUCGCAGUACCGUCCUGCACGAAAUGCGCCGCAGAUCGUCCGUGGCUUUCCAGGACAACAAUAAACGCCGGUCCAGCAUGGCCAUUGCGGGAACUCAGGAGGAGGAUUCUGACUAGCCAACAGGCGAACACACGGGGGAAUUACAUACUAAGCAUUAUUAUUAAAUUCACCUUUAUUUUACCUAAUAUUAUUAUUCGCAAUAAUUAGAUUUUUCACUUCGUUAAUCUAAACAAAAUAUUCCAUUUCCUUUUUCUUGUUGAAUGAUUGAAAUGAACAUGGUUCGAUCGAAA